CUUCAUAUGACACAACGAAUGCAAGAAAACGCGAAGUCGUGUUCACGCCGUCAAAUGGUCGUGUCGAACGCAUCGAAUUCCUUCGUUCUUCCGAAUCUUUUCUCUCUUACUUUUCUUCAAGAUCAUUCAUCUUGCAUACACCCUUCAGCCCAGAAGAAAGAAUCCGCGCUUGAAUUUUUGUUAAGCACUAGCAUAGCAGUUCGAUUCUUGUUUGGAAGAGACUUGUUAUGGGAGUGGGCAUAUCGUUCUUGAUUGGGUUGAAGGCCACGGCGUUGUUCCUGUUCUUCGCAUACCUCAGGAGCUCUGGCUUCGAAUUGCUGUCCCUGCCGUUCUUGUACGCGUCCCUUGUGUCGCUGCUCGUCUCGCUCGCUUCGCACCCGUCCAUCAACCUCCCUCUGCUUCUGGGCAAGAACCCAGAUGGGUCUUUCCCCGUCUGGUCGGUCGUCAUCUUCAGUCCUUACCUGUACUUCGUCAGGGGUUUCUCCGCGGUCAGGCGGCUGAGGAGCGGGGAGGCCCCGUACAGCGAGAUCUGCGAGGGGGUGUUUGUUGGUGGGUGGCCUUCUUCGCUCGAUAAGUUGCCUCCCGGCGACCCUGCGAUCGUGGACUGCACUUGCGAGCUUCCGCGGCGGCCGGAGCUGCGCGGGCACGCGUAUUUCUGCGUCCCGACUUGGGAUACGCGGUCGCCGGGGCCAGGGGAGAUCGAGUCCGCAGUGAAGUGGGCUUGUAGGAAGAGGGGACUGAACAGGCCUGUGUUCAUUCAUUGUGCCUAUGGUCAUGGAAGGAGUGUGGCGGUAUCAUGUGCUCUGCUGGUGGCUCUUGGGGUUGCAGAAGACUGGAAAAAUGCCGAGAGGAUAAUCAAGGAAAGACGUCCUUACAUUCGGAUGAAUGGGCUCCACAGGAAGGCACUGGAAGAAUGGUCAAAGCACCGGUUGUCUACUCCCAAGAAGACGGAAAUUGAGACAUAAGAUCUGCGCUCUUCUCAGGUGAAUCCAAUCAUUCUUGAUCGGACAUGUCUGAAUACACGGGACAAAAUCUUGUUUAGGAGCUUUUUCCAGUUAAAUUCGUGCCAUCGUAGAGCCUCAUCUGUGACAGUUAGCGUUUCUCCAAUUGCGUUGGAAAUAUACUCUCCUAUUGUUAGAGCGGAUCUGCAACAUUAUCAACCGGCUCUGUGUUAUUUCAUGAGUGUUGUCUGGUGCUUACUGUUUUAUAUGGAUGCAAUAACAGAGCUUUUGAUUUAAGCUAA